AUGGCCAAACGCCAGCGUUAUGCAACUCAGCCAUUUGAACAGGGUGUUAACCCACCUCCAGGAAGCUCGCGGGCAUCUAAAAGGCGGAAAGCGCUCUCAGAAAACCCUUCGCAAGCCAAUAUUACGCCUACGCGAGGUACUGCUAAGGCGGUAACACCUUUGACGCCGCCCGCAACGCUCGCGCGAGCUCAAGAUUCCCCACUAUUUGAGCCUAGCUGCACGCAGUCCGCAAUCGACGCGCAAGCUGAUGAUAUUGUAGGCGACGACGAUGAAGAUCGCAGCGAUAUUGAAGCUCCGGAGGGCGACGACGAGGCCGAAACUGGUGUUGCAGACGCUGUUGGAGGCACUAGAGAUGCUCAAAUUGACACUGAAAACGCUGUUUUAGAGACUAGAGUUACGCCCGCAACACCAGAACAGGAAAUUAUUCUUGAUCCAAUGCUCGACGUACGCUGGCGAGCUUGUUGGGGUGACCUAGAGAGGAAUGCGAUCGCGCAGGCCUGUGAUUGCGACCCAGCGAUCCGCCUGUCGCGGCUCACGUCCACCGGCACCUGGGACUGGGUUGAUGGCGUGUUGGCGGACGUUCUGCCUAGAGUUGCCAUAGUUGUCAGCCUUGUUGCGGUUGUAUACACGCGGAAGGAGGCCAAAAAAGAGCGUAGAAACAAGCGGUUGCGGCGCAACGAAAUACUUAACUGGAUUGGUUUUAAGGACCUCGUGAAGGGCGUUGACGUAAACAGUACUGAGCCCGUUUAUGUAGAUUUCGACCUCAUACUGGCCGACAAUAAGCCAGUUCAGGCAGCUCGUCCAGCGCCUGCGGCGGCGCCGGCGAGAGCUCGUACGGCGACGGUGAUACAAGAGGAAGGUCUCGCUGGUGUUGUAGCAGCUGAGCAAGCUGGGUCUGGGUGGGCGAUGGCUAUACGAGAUCAGUGGAGGUGUCAAGAUGCGAAUUGUGGCAAUCACCCAUACGUUUGCUGGCUCCCGCGCACUCCAGGACAGCCAGAUCGCUUCGAGAAACACCUUCCAGUUAAUGGCAAUAUCAUCGCGAUGUGGGCGCGCGAGCUUGCUGGUGGAACAGGCAGCGUCCACAACCCUUCCGACGACGUCCGCCUGGCUAUUGUGCGAGCUAAGGAUCGCGCUGAUGCUGAGAAAUCUAGGCGACGGGGCGCUGUUGAUAGUGGUGGAGGUGGUGAUAACGAGAUCGCGAGCUUGACGAAACUGCUUAUUGUCAACCAGUUGAAGCAGCUAACCGGGCAUACAAACCAGGCUUUUGUGCAAGCUCAACAACCGGAAAGCUCGCUAUCAUGGGAGCCGUUCGAGUAUACCAAUUGGAUAGAGAUCUCUCGUCAUACGAAGAACUUCUUCGACUGGUGGGCGGGCCAGCGUACGUCCGGUUUCGCGAGCAGUUACAUCAAAACCAUGUAUCGCAGCGUCUGCGUAGUAAUGAGGUUGGAUAUCAACAUCCUGCUCGACAAUACGGACAACGGUUGCCCAAUGAAACUGUGGGUUGAGCAAACUGAGUUUCCGAUCGGAGCUUUAAUUCGGUUAAGAGAUGCAGCGAAACGAUGGAGGUUGCAAUACGAUGGGUUUACUGAGCAAGACCUAGAGCGUAUUGAAGCUGCGAAGCAGCGAGAUCGCGUACACGAGCCAAGUAGCGAUAUUGAAGAUCUUUCAUAA